AUCUUACUCAGUUACCUCCUCAUUCCCUUUACAUUUUACUAGUAGUUGCAACUCUUUGUUAAAUUCCUUUGGUCAUCACUUACAAUUUUCCCUGCAACCCCUUGUCCCAAACCCCCAUUUUAUCCUUUAGAUGUUAAGCUCAUGGGCUAUCUAACUAAGCACAAUGUAUAAAAGAGCUUCAAUGGCUAGAUCUCAACUCACGGGCUGGACCUUCUUUACCUUUUGGAAUUGUCUGUGUAUAUUGUACGUUCUUCCCUAGUUGUACAGUAUUGCGGAAUAUGUUGACACUUUAUAAAAGCCAGAAAUAAAUAAAUAACUAGAAGUACCAGUUUUUCCUCUUCAGGGCGAGGAUUAAACAAAAUCUUGUGUUAACAGAUAUGAUCUGUUAACUCAAGAGGUGUCAAAUGACGUGUGGUAUAAUUACAUAGAAGAUAAACUGCACAUUAUUUCUAGACAUUUUAUGAUCUAAUCUGUAGAAAAAAAAAGUAUGAAACUGUGGAAGCAGGAUUGUUGGGUGAGGUAAGGAGUUGAACAUUAACAGAUGAUCAUUCUUACAGAAUACAAGCCUGCAAUUGAGGCAAAGUGAGGUACGAACCACCCAGUUUUUAGUGCAAAAUAAAAUUAUUAUUGUUGUGUCUACAAUUAUUAUGGAGAGGCUGAACAACUGAUGAUAAAGUUUUAAUUCUUUAUUUAAAGGGACACUAUAGUCACCAGAACAACUACAGCUUAAUGUAGUUGUUCGGUUGAGUAUAAUAGCUCCCUUCAGCCAUUUUCAUGUAAACACUGCCUUUUCAGAGAAAAGGCUGUGUUUACAUUGCUCCUAGGGACACCUCCAAGUGGCCACUCCUUAGAUGGCCACUGGAGGGGCUUCCUGGCUCAGUGCAGCACAGUAAGCAGCCCUGCCGUUCAGCGCCCCCAUGAUCUGCAUGGAGACGCUGAAUUUUCCUCAUAGAGAUGCAUUGAUUCAAUGCAUCUCUAUGAGGAGGUGCUGAAUGGUGGUUGGCCCCGCCCCCUUGCCAAUUUUAUCCCAUGGGAAAGCAUUGGUUUGGCUAAAAAAUCGUACUUUUUGAUGAUGUCACCAAGGGGGCGGGGCCAGCGACGGCAUACCCGUGGAGAGCUGGAAAUAAGGUGAGUUUUAACCCUUUCUGAGGGGGUAAGGAGGGGACCGCCACCUAAAUGGUGGGUUUUCACUAUAGGGUCAGGAAUAUGUUUGUGUUCCUGAACCUAUAGUGAUCCUUAAAAAGAAGAGAUUAGGAAGACAAGCAUUCAUUAUCAGAUAUAGAAGAGAUCAAAAGAAGGAUCAGCGCUGAUAGGUGUCACGAUUCUGGAACCUAACACGCUAACAGGACACAGAGAGGAAAGAUGCUAUACCGGUCCUUAGAGUGGCCGGGCUAAGCACACUAAGAAUGGUCAGGAGACAAGCCAAGUAAAGGGAGCCAGAAAACGGGAGAACGAGAAACAAGCCGAGGUCAAAGGAGUGGAGAAUGCAGGAUAAUCAGAAUAACGAGCCAAAUAAUCGGUAACCAGAGAGAAACACGAGCAAACUGCAAUAUAGGUAUCACAAGACCACAACAGGGCACUGAGAGACAGGAAAGGUAAGUAUAAAUACCCUUUGCUUAAUUCUGAUUGGAUAACUUCCAAUCAGAAUUAACAAUCACACAUGGGAGAUAUCUACGCCUCCCACUGUGAUUGUAGUACUGUUGCUUUAACGCCGGGUCACGUGAGUGACCCCGGCGUUUGCAUAAAUUUGCGUCCUCCCAGCAUGCAGCGUUAUACAUGCUGCCGCUGGGAGGCGUGGAGGAUGCGAGCGGUGGAGAGGAGACGCCGCUCGCCGGCAGGUAGGAGGAAGGGAGACCGCGGCGGCGACGGACUGAGGGUGAGUGCUGCAAGUGGCGUGCAGCCUCCCCUCACAGCCGCCCACGGACCCCUGACACAUACCUUUUCAAACAGAUUAAUGUUGUGUCUUUUUUUAACAGAUAAUUGGACUUUUUAUGAACUAAAUUGCCGUGUAUCCAUAUAUAUGACCUACAAGUUUGCAAAAGAUCGAAUUUUGCCAAUAGUUAUAACAGUAAACCCGAGUGGAGUAAAAGAUGGCCUCCGCGGACUCCAAAAAGAGAUGUGGAAUGCAGAACACGGAACACAAAAUAGCCACGAACCAUGAAAAAUUCAAAAAUUGGUUAGAAACCUGUUCAUGGAACAUAAAAUGCGUGCCGACAGGGUGGUGCUAAAACUGAUGUUAGGACAUGGAGACGAGACUUGAAAACACAACAGGUGGCAUGGAAUUCACGCCGAACUCGAGUAGUAACUGCAGGAACUUUUUAUUAAUUACUGUAUAGGUAUGUAAACCUAAUACUUACUGGGCAUAAAUACUGACUGAAGCCAUUUGUCGUGAAACGCGUAUUAAAGAUAAGAGAUCUUUUCUUUUAUGUUUUAAUAUUGGUCCAAUUUUUUAUCUUACUACAAUACCGUGCGUUGCCCUCAGAGAGACACCUGCUGAAAAAAUAGAGCCUAGAAAAAAAAGGCUCUCAUAUACGUGAGUGUGAUCCUUUCUCUUUUUAAAACAUUAUUAUUUAAAGACAUACUACAUCAUAUUUGUAUUUUCCUCUCAUUAUCAUAUACCAUCACUUCUUAAAGAGGAGAAGGCCCAUAGAAAGGAGGGAGUUCCCUUGCAAAAGACUCCAAAGGCUACAGAAAUUGAGCCACAUAUUGGGCUCCAUGCUGGUAAGUUGGUACUUUUACAAUUGUCCUAAAUAUAUUCAAGUUCCAUCUAAAUUCUCAGAUUAUCUGUACUAUUAUUUUUGAUGUGGGUUUUUUUUUUUUUUAGGUUUAUCAACACUUCAAAGAAGCAUAUCGAAAAGUAUUUCUUUGUGUAACACACAUGCCCACUAAGAUUUAAACACCAUAACCACUGUGUUUUAUUACUAUACACCUUUUAUGCUGCACUUGUAAAUGUAUGGUAAUUGUGUAAAAUUUUACAUAAGCACUUUAACCCCUUAAGACCGGAGGGCGUACUAUUACGCCCUAUUCUAAGUGGCUCUAAAUGCCGCAGGGCGUAAUAGUACGCUAUCCGGUUUUUUUUUUUUUACUUACCCGGUCGCCGGCGAUCUCAGAUCCUUCCUCCUGCAGCCCCCCCAGCCAUGUGAGACUGAGGUCCUUGCAAGGACCUCACAAUCACAUGGCCGGGUUAGCUGCCUGCUGCAUUGCCAGCAGGAGGACUGCCUGUAAUGACAGGUAGUCCCCCUGCUGGCUGGAAAUAAAAUAAAAUUAAAGUUUAUCAGUGUAAAAAAAUAAAAUAAUAUACACAUAUACAUACACACACAUACACUGUCUAGGUGUAUUUUACUAUUAAUAUCUAUAUAAUUAUAUUUAUAUAUUAUCAAAUUACACGUAGACUGAUACUGAUUAAAUAUAUAUAUAUAUAAUUAUUGUUAUAUAUAUAUUUAUAAUAUAAAAAAAUAUGUAAAUACAUAAAAAAAUAAAAUUAAAAAAUAAAUAAUUAAAAAAUUAUAUAGAUGUAUGUUAUUUCGUUCUAACUGUAUUGUGAUAUUAAUAUAUAUAUAUAUAUAUAUAUAUUUAUAUCAAAAUACACAUAGAACAAAAUAAUAUAUUAAACUAUAUAUAAAUAAAAAUAUUUUUUUUAAAUUAUAUAUAUACAUAUAUUAAUUCUACAUAUAUAUUUAUGUAAUAUUUUUACAUAAUUAGGUAUCUUAAUUAAUUACAAUUAGCGGGACCUGCCUGACAACCCAUGCCGACAGUAAAGGGAAUUUAACUUGCUAGCACUAUAUUUAACCCUAUAACUUUCCAAGACACCAUAAAACCUGUACAUGGGGGGUACUGUUCUACGCGGGAGACUUCGCUGAACACAAAUAUUAGUGUUUCAAAACAGUAAAAUUUAUUAAAACAAUGAUGUCGCCAGUAAAAGUGACGUUUUUUGCAUUUUUCAUGCACAAACAGCACUUACACGGAUGAUAUUAUUGCUAUGGUACUUUUUACUGUUUUGAAACACUAAUAUUUGUGUUCAGCGAGGUCUCCCGAGUACAACAGUACCCCUCAUGUACAGGUUUUAUGAUGUUUUCAAAAGUUACAACAUCAAAUAUAAGGUUUGUGUUUCAUUUUUUUCACAUUCAAAUUCGCCAGAUUGGUUACGUUGCCUUUGAGACCCUAUGGUAGCCCAAGAAUGAAAAUUACCCCUAUGAUGGCAUACCAUUUGCAAUAGUAGACAACUCAAGGUAUUGCAAACGGCGUAUGUCCUGUCUUUUUUAGUAGCCACUUAGUCACAAACACUGGCCAAAUUGGCGUUUUUCUUGCAUUUUUCACACACAAACAAAUACUAACGCUAAUUUUGGCCAGUGUUUGUGACCAAAUGGCUUCUAAAAAAGACUGGACAUACCCCAUUUGCAAUACUUUGGGUUGUCUACUAUUGCAAAUGGUAUGCCAUUAUGGGUGUAAAUUUUAUUCCUGGGCUACUAUACAGUCUCAAAGGCAACGUAACCAAUAUGGCGAAUUUCAAUUUCAAAUGUAACAUGCUAUAUUUGACCCUGUAACAUCCCAAAAUGCCAUAAAACCUGUACAUAGGGGGUACUGUUUUACACGUGAGACUUUGCUGAAUACAAAUAUGUCUAUUUUAUUGCAGUAAAACACAGUUAAAAUGUCAUGUAGAACUAAAAAAAAUGAAAAAAAUCUUAUUUCUCCCAUUUUUUUCAUAUUAAAUUAUGUUUCAUAGCUAAAUAUUUGAUAUUAAAUGAAAGCCCUGUUCCCCCUGAAUAAAAUGAUAUAUAAUAAGGGUGGGUGCAUUUAAUAUGAAAUAGGUGAAUUAUGGUUGGACAGAAAUGUAGCGCAAAUGCCAGGUUUUGUUUACGUUUUGUUUUGUUCACAACGUGUACAUUUGGCUCCGUCCUUAAGGGGUUAAUGGUUUAGCACUUCUCAUUGUUAUUGUUUCUGCAUACUUUUCUUUUUUUAACAAUCAUUUAAAAAGGUUUUGCACUUUAAAUUGAAUGAUAAUUACACAUAUAUAAAACGGUUUUAGAUAAGCUUAACCAUAAUUAAGAUAUUAUCUUUAGUGGUUGAGCUGCUAAUGCAACUAUUUCAGAACAAUAUAAUUAAAUAAGAUUUUUUUUUUUUUUAAAGAUGAAAGCUCUUUGUAGGUACACCCACCUUUUUUUUUAUUUUUUUAUUUUUUCACAUUUAGAAAAUUACACCCAGUUCUAAUUUUAUCACAUGAAUAUACUUGAAAUGGUAAACUGUAACAAAUUACAUUCUGGAUGGCAAAUUUCAGGCAAAAUUUGCUGAUUUGAAGAAAAAAAAAUAUUCAGCUCACCUAUAGUCACAGUUUGGUUAUAUUUGCCUGACUUUUGUCAAUUGGAUUUUACAUUUCUGUAAUUCGAAGUUUAUUGAAUAAAUCCCUCAGUGUACAUUUCAUUAACAGUAUGCAAAUAUUAACACAAAGGCUAAGGCUCCCAUUCCUUCCACCCAUUAAAGACACAAUAUAAUCUAAGAUAUGCUGUAAAAAAAAACUAAAACCUAAGAAUGUAGAUGGACCGGUUCAUGAAGUAUACACGGUAUCUCUUAUAAAAAGAAGCUUAGAGCCUUCUCUAACAUUUGACUCUGUGAAAUGGUAAGGAUGGGGUGGCAUUGGGUUGACACUCUGGGUAGGAUUACUUGUGCAGCCAGUCCCAUCAUGAAAAGUUAGCUUUAUUUUAGCAUGGUUAUAAUGUUAAAUGUCUGCAGGGUAAUCUAUGCGCACAAUCACAACGUGAUAUGAUAUAAUAUAAACACUAAAUCUUGUAUUUAUUGAUAUGGAAUUCUGUGUUUUUAUAAUCUGUCAUGUGUUUUUCAUGCUAGCAGAAGAUGUUGCAAUACAGUUUGUUAGUGCUGGCCGUGGUAUUUACCAGUGGACAUGCUGCUGAUGACCAACCCACUGGAGGCAUUUACAUGGGUUUCAGGAGCUGCAAAGAGUUUAAGCAAAUCGAUAGCUCUGCAACAGGUGAGUCUGAGAUCCCAAUGAAAAAACUGUUAUUCUACCCUUCUUGAGAAUACCAGAUUGAAUAUAUUAUUGCUGAGCACCAGUAAACGUGUUCCACUCUUGUUAUUAUCACAGAUGGGAUUUAUACUCUGACAACCAAAGAUGGAGAGCAGUAUCAGACCUUCUGUGACAUGACCACCAGUGGAGGAGGGUGGACAUUGGUGGCCAGUAUCCACGAAAAUAAUAUGUAUGGGAAGUGCACAGCGGGAGAUCGCUGGUCCAGUCAGCAGGGCAAUUCCGCUAACUACCCUGAGGGAGAUGCCAACUGGGCAAACUAUGCCACGUUUGGGCAGGCUGCUGGAGCAACCAGUGAUGACUACAAGGUACUCAAAAUUAUUAUGUAAUAUUAUGAAACUAAGCAAUAAUUUCCAAGAAUUAACUUAAUGUUAAUGUUUUUGUGAUUAUCAUUUUUCCUUAUAAUGAGAUGAGUUUUGGAAUGUACGGCUAAAUACUCUGGGUUUAUAGUGCAAUCUUCUGGUUUUUGGGCACAUUCUGGGGUUUGGGGUGCAAUUUGAAAUGAAGUUAGUGUUUGUUUUUCUAUCAGGCAACAUGACAUUACUUUUCAAUAUGUGGAUGUUUACUCACCUUGAAUGGUGCAUACUGGGUUUUUAAUACAAUCGUGGGUUGAAUAUACAGAGAAGGUUUUUAAUUUACAGAGUUAUUUACUAAUGUCAGAAAUCAAAGUGAAUUUAAAAUUUAGGGUCACAGAUGAUGAACUUAAAGCUUAACUAGCUUAAAAACAUCCCCACUUUGGCUAUUUUGACCUUAAAUUUUAAAUUCACUCUGAUUUCUCACUUUAGUAAAUAAAACUGUUAAUCUUGGAGUGCACAACCAGAUAAGUGGUUUAAUACAACCUUGGGGUGUUUGUCCAAAUAUGUCUUCAUCUAAAGAGACACUAUAGGCACCAAAACAACUUUGGCUUAAUGAAGCAGUGUUGGUUUAUAUUAUAUGACCCUGCAGUCUCACUGCUCAUAGAAACAUAGAAUGUGACGGCAGAUAAGAAGCAUUCGGCCCAUUUAGUCUGCCCAAUUUUCUAAAUACUUUCAUUAGUCCCUGGCCUUAUCUUAUAGUUAGGAUAGCCUUAUGCAUAUCCCACACAUGCUUAAACUCCUUUACUGUGUUAACCUCUACCACUUAAGCUGGAAGGCUAUUCCAUGCAUCCACUACCCUCUCAGUAAAGUAAUACUUCCUGAUAUUAUUUUUAAACCUUUGUCCCUCUAAUUUAAGACUAUGUCCUCUUGUUGUGGUAGUUUUGUUUUCUUUUAAAUAUAGUCUCCUCCUUUACUGUGUUGAUUCCCUUUUUAAAGGUUUCUAUCUCAUUCCCCCUAUCUCGUCUUUCUUCUAAGCCAAACAUGUCAAACUCAAAGGCUAGCACGGGCCAAAUAAACAAGGUUUAAGUUUAUGUGGGCCGCAAAAAAAAAACCUUAAAUUUUCAUAGAAACAUAGGUUUGUUUUGAAAAGUACAGUAUAAAAAAAAAAACAAGCAUCCCCCUUUACUAAACCCAGUCCCCCCGUCUACUAAACCCCAUUCCCCCCUCUAUACUAAAGUCCAGUCCCCCCAUCUAUACUAAAUCCCAGUCCCCCCUGUAUACUAAAUCCCGGCCUUUGUUUAAAAAUAAAUAAAAAUAUUAGCCAACAAGCAGACUCCACUCACAUUUCCACUACUAGUAUGCGAUUUCGGAGUCCUGCCUCUGGUAUACCCCCCAAUGGCACCGUACGCACCCUGUGCCAAAGCGAUUCCUCCCGCUACUCCUUGAAACCCUGUAAAGGUGGAGCACAUUGACAUCACAUCAGAAUGUGAUGCGGUGUUGCGUGCCUCUGUGCACCUCCAGGUCCUCCACUGUCUAGCCGCAGCCCUCAAAACACUUACCAACACACGUUUACUGACAGACACACACACUCACUGACAGACACGCACUCACUGACAGACAGACACAGACUCACUGACAGACAGACACACACUCACUCACUAACUGAUCUAUACACCAAAGCUGCUUCAUUAAUAUACAGCUGUUUAGAUUCCUAUAGUAUUCCUUUAAUACUGAGGGGCUGUCAGAUUGUUGACUCUUGCUAUACAUGCUUUGCACAUGUUUGUGGUUGCUUGCAAAAACAAACUUUAAAAAAAAGAGCAAAAAAAUGUUGCAUACUCAUAUUUAGUUUUCAUUUACGUUAAUUAUUCUGGAAUGGUUCUUAUGAUGCAUCCUGACACAGAGUUUUAUGGAAUCUUUGUGUAUGUAACUGUAAAAUGAUUUAUCUAAUCUUGCGGCAAUUUGAAAUUGGGUUGAUCUUCUUGAAUUGCAGUAUCUAGUGGUUUACAAACAGCAUUAUAGGACUUCACACACAUUUUUACUUUCAAGAUUCUCCAUACUUAUAUAGGUGUGACAAUCAUAUAGUCGUUUGCCUUUUUUCAUGCUGGAUCUACUAUAAUACUGUAUCUACCUCUUUCUGAGUUACUGGCUGAAGAAAAGUACCUUAUUAAUGAAAUGACUACUAUUUCCCAGAAUCCAGGAUAUUAUGACAUCUCCGCCAAGGAUUUGGGUUUGUGGCAUGUGCCUAACCAGACCCCACUUUCUCAGUGGAGGGACACAGCUCUGCUGAGAUAUCGUACAGCGAAUGGUUUCUUCACCGCAGAAGGAGGAAACCUUUUCAACCUCUACAAGGUACAAUAUUUCUCCAAAACCCAUUUGGAGUAUUAACUAUGUGUACAUUUAGUUGAAAGCGUGUAUGUAAUGGACAGUGUAUGUAUAGAUGCUGCCUAUGUAGCAUUGUGAAAAAAAAACGAGCUGUUUAUGAGAAAUGGCAGACAGAUUGCUACUAAUUCCUAUAUUCACCAGGCAGAUAGAAUGGCAUUAUUAUAUGUAAAAUGUUGAUGUGUAAAUAUUUGAUCCACUGAGACUUUAAAAAAAACACCUGUAUUCCUAACGUUAUAGUACCCUACUUCAUAAUUAGACUCAGCCCCUACAAACAAUAAAAAUGUAUAAAUUUAAAAUAAAUCCACCAUUAAAAGAUCCACCAACUCCAUCUCCUGCGACAUCAUCAUGGUGGUGGUGUUUGCUUGGUGGUCAUCCCAUGUGCCUUAUAGAGGGGCUUUAUGGACAAAAUGCACAAGUUCAAUCAAAAGCUUCUUAUAAGAGAGCAUUGAAUUCAGUCCUUUUCUAGAAGCUGGAUUUGAUUAUGUUUGAGAUCCUCAUGGACUUUGAAUGUCACAUGGCACAGUUUCACUUGGUUGUUGCACAGAAAGUGUUUAGUGGAUGUGUGUAAGACAGCCAUUGGAGGUGUGUUUACCCUGCACUGUACAAAUUGAAGAUUCUACAAAAAUUUACAUUGCUGGGUUACAACUAUAGGGCCAUUGCAGCCAGCCUGGGUGAAUUUAGUGGUCCUUUAAGCAAAUGAGAUUUCACCUAGAGCAGCAGAAAGCUUUUUGAGACACAUUGUUCUACGAAAGUUGGUCGAAAGAAGGUUGAUAAACGUUUUAGUCAAAGUGGAUAUUUUGGGCUAAAACAGUUAAUAUGAUCAUUAUUAAUCUAGGAAGAUUGCACUAAUGUAGAAAUAUAAUAUUCAUAUUAGCAGUCAUUGUAUAUCUUUGUCCCUAGAAAUAUCCAGUAAGAUAUAACGCUGGGAGCUGCCUGACCAACAAUGGACCUGCUGUGCCGGUUGUGUACGACUUUGGAAAUGCUGAAAAGACAAAUAAUUACUACUCUCCAAAUGGGAAAAGUAAGACAUAAUAUACAAAUGUAGACUCUAAGUCAGGACUAAGUGGUCUGUCCAUAUAAUAUCCUACCUCUAUCUCAUUCUGCAGAUGAGUUCACUGCCGGCUUUGUCCAAUUCCGAGUUUUUAACACCGAGAAGGCCCCUCUUGCUCUGUGUCCAGGAAUGAAAGUUACGGGAUGCAACACUGAACACGUAAGUAUUGCCACCAGCACCUCUAAAGCAUGUAACCCACAGGUACAUGUUAGAAGCUGUUAUAUGUGAGAUCCAAGCACAUUCUGUACAUGCAGGUCACACUAGUCUAGAGGAAUUAGUCAAUCUUCUUGGUUUGGUUAGCUCAUUGUAGCUAAACUCAAGACGAAGCAAUUACUUAGAGCACCUUUCUAUGCAUAGACUUCUCAUUGAGCUGCGUGGGGAAGUCUGUUAUUGGACGGUCACAGAAAGUCCGGGCUGGGGAAGAAGAGGAAAGCUUGCAAAGGCUGCAGACAAUGGAUCUACAGUUUUUGGCAUUCUCAGUCCAAUCAUAGACUUUGUUAGGUAUACCCCUAAUGAAAAGAUGCAUAAUUAAAUGCAUGUAUGCUUUCAUUUGGGUUAUAUCUACUAAUCAGUGAGUGAUUUUUUUAAAAUUUAUAUUAAUUUAUUUAUUUUUGGACAGUGGAGUGCCCCUUUAAUGUCCCCUGCCAAGUUAAUGGUAUUUACAGAAGGGGAAAUUGUCAGUCAGCUAUGCAUCAAGACUCUUUUGACUCUUUUAGCCUUAAAUGUGAAAUUUAAUUUUGAAUGCUCAAUUUGGUGAAUAACCCUAUUAGACUUGCACGUGCAGUGGUCCAACCUGCAUGAUCAUACAACAUUUAGCCGUCUCACUACAUUGAUGUGAUAUAAAAAUCCUGAAAAUAAUCCUGUUACAGUAAAUUAAAAGACUGUUUAUAAACAAUUUAACUUAAUGAAACGUAAAAAUGUGAUACCAACCAACUACUAAAACAUAUAUUAUAUUUACUAUAACUUGAAUUCUUUCAGCACUGUAUUGGAGGUGGGGGCUUCUUUCCAGAGGGGAAUCCCAUCCAAUGUGGAGAUUUUGCUGCCUACGACUGGAACGGAUACGGGACACGUUCACAAUGGAGUGUCAGCAAGGAGAUGACAGAGGCAACUGUUAUGCUCUUUUACCGCUAA